CAUAGUGCUUGAUUUAUUUUAUGCCGUCAUGAACGACUCUGAGUAAAAACAACUUAACCUUAUUUUCUGACAUUUUAAAUUUGAAUUAUGUAUAAAUAACAUGUAAACUUAAAUUAUAUUUUAUUAUAUUUAAUAUGGAUAGAGUUAAAAAACUUUCAGCGUUGACUUUAAUUGUCUCUUUUGUGGUAUCUUUAUCAUCUAUAAUAGAUUUUUCUGGUUGCAGCCAUUGAAGUUGUUUAACUAAAAUGUUUAUGUUAUUACUUAUAAAAUAAAAGUAAUUAUGGGAAAUACAUACGCAUAUUAUCUUGAACCAGUAACAAUCCGUCUUCGUUAUAGAUGAUAUUACCCUCAGGGUCAGUCACAAUGGUAUAAUUAUCCAUUAUUUAAUUAAUUUAGCAACUAUAUAACAAAUAGCAACGAUUUCUAUAUAAACACAAACACAAAUAACCUCAAUUCAAAUUCAAAUUUGAAAAUUCAAAUUCAAAUUUGACAAUAACAUACUACAAUGCGCAUGCGGAGUUAUUUUAACGCACCUACAAGAGGUGGGUUAAAAAUGUAAACUCGGUGUUAAAUAUCCUGGUAGUCACGAACGAUUUAGUCAAGUUAAAGUGUAGAUACCGCUGUUGUAAUGAACGUUUUGAGUUAACUCCGAGUGAAUCGAGUAAACGUCAUGAACGCACCCCAGGCGUUGUUUACCCGGUAUAAUCAUAACCUCACUAUUUUUAAUUCUCUUUUUAGUUGGUUUGUUCUGUGAUCAUCACAUUACGCUUUUUCUAAAUUUGGCUGGGCAAAUAAUAUUAAAUAUUGAUUUAAUUAAUUAAUUUAUGCUUAUUAUAGCGUACAUUUUUUUGUUCUUGUAAUAUAAUCAAAGUCAACAAUGAGUUCCUUCAAACCUGAAGAAUAUACAAAGAAGAUCGUAAAAGUCAAAAGAAAAAUGACUGCACAAACAAAAUCGGGUCGAAUUGUUUACCGCCCUCUGAAGCAAAAUACUACAGAAUCAGAAGAACUGCCCCCCCCAAAAAAAUUAACAUUUGACUUAUCAGUAUCUGAAGGAAUACAGGAACUUCGAUUAAAAAAGGACCUUUUAUGGAAUUGUGCGAAAAAGUCGCCUGAAAAAGUCAUUGCCAAAAGCAAAACACCAAAUAAGGAAAUUUUUAAAUCUUUGGACACUCAAAAUCAAAUUAAAAUGUAUUCUUCUCCCCAAGAAAUAAAAGAAUGCGGAACGCUGACCAACUCUGAGGUUCGAGAUAGACUUGAGAAACUGGAAAUCACUCAAAUUCGCACGUUCAAUUUACUUGAAAAGACGUACGCGCUCUUGGAAAGUCACAUGGCGACAGAAUCAAAAUUACAAAGGCUGAGGAGAAAACCACGCGAAAAAUUGCCAGGAUUCCCUAAGAAAUCAGUAGAAGGUCUUGAAGCCCUGGAAAAUGAGGAUAUGGAUAUGACCAGAUUGCAAUUGCAAGAACAUUGGAAAGCAAUUGGGGCAACGAAACUGAGAGACUUCAUUAAAAUUGCUCUAAAUGAUUCAAUGGAACCAUCAUUAAUUAAAAAGAUAACUUGGACUGGGGCAGGAAAUUCAUACAAAUUUGAAGACACCAAAAUGGCCACAGCAAUGUUUGAUGCUGCAAGAGAAUGUAGUACAUUUGAAGGGCCGGAAAACCUAAGGAUUUUUAGCUUUGAAUUUGGUCAAGCGAUGAGAGUUCUAAAACAAGGUUUUAAGAUAAAAGAAAAUUUUCAAGAACGAAGUACUGAUAACUUUGAAAAUGCUGAUCAUGCUAAAAAGCUACAAAAACAAGGCCAAAGCAUUGGUGAGCUCCAAUAUGUUAAAAAUAAUGGAAAAGUUCCCAAUAAAAUUCUAGAGGAGACGGAUGAAUAUGUAAUCGAAUACAUAUCCGAUUAUGAUAAUGACGAAAACGACAAUAUUGAAUACGUCGACCAUAAAGGAUAUAGGGCUUCCGAUGAAGAGAUAUAAAAUUAUAUAUUUUUAUACAUAUAUGUGUAUAUAUAUAUAAACAAAUGAAAAAAACAUUAAUUGAUGAUUUCUGAAC